UUUCGCCAUGCAGGUUAGUGCAACGUAUCAUUCUUUCGGGAAAAAAUCCAGCAACUAUUUUCUAAUACAGCUACCAAGCCCACGGUGCUGCGCUACAAUUGUUGUCGAAUGUGUUCAUGCAAUGUAUUCAUUGUUGCUUUUGUCGGGUGAUAUUGAAACGAACCCUGGCCCUCCCGAUAUUGAUGACGUAAUGACUGAGUUGGGAAAGCUAGCUGCUGGCCAGUCAAAACUAAUUACCGAAGUACUAGACCUAAAAAGCAAGCUAUUGACAACAGACAAAAUCUUAUCGGACCUAAGUAAACGCAUGACUGAUUUAGAAGGACAUUAUAAAGCAAUUUCAUCUCUACGAACCGACCUAGAUACCAUAAGAACAGAUGCCUCUCAAAUGGCAGGCCAGAUCGCUCGCCUUGCUACACAGAUGGAUGAUGCCGAGAACAGGUCACGCCGUAAUAAUCUAAUAUUUUAUAAUAUCCCCGAUCCUAACUCGAAAGAAACAUUUGCAGAAUCUGAAAAAAUCAUUAUCCGCCACUGCAAUGAACACUUGAACUUCGUCGUUGAUCCCAAUCACAUUGAGCGUGCGCAUCGCCUUGGACGCCAUACAGAAGGCCGUGCUCGGCCACUCAUCGUAAAAUUUAAUCAAUUCAAAACUAAAGAAUCUCUCCUUUCUAAUGGCCCAAAAUUUAAGGGAAGCAAUUUCAGCGUCGGUGAAGAUUUCUCUCAGCCCAUCAGAUUUGCUCGCAAACGCCUUAUUGCUUUCGCCAGAUCGAAAUCCGCACCCUUUUCUCUGCGCUUCAACACAUUGCACAUUGGUACCAGACGAUACGUGUUUGACCAUUCCACCGAAUCUGUUAAAGAAAUAUCGUAGCAAUUGCCCAGUCAUCAACAUGUGCCUUCCCGCCCUCGGCCCGCCCCGCGAUCAAACUUGUUUCUUUCCGCUAUCUUUACUAACAUACGCAGCUUCAUCCCAAAACGGGACAUUAUUUCUAAUCUGGUCUCGUCAUCUUGCAGUAACAUUCUAAUAUUAACGGAAACAUGGCUUACAGAAGACGUAACGGACAGCGAAGUGCUCGCUGACCUACCAAAUUUUCAACUGUUUCGAAACGAUCGCAGGGGCACGAGGGGGGGAGGGGUACUUGUCGCCGUGAGCCAAAAUAUACCUUGUACAUCUGUAAACAUUGUGUCCGAUCUUGAAAUCCUAUGGCUUAAAUGUCAUGCCACACCUCAUUCAGUUCUGCUAGGCGUUUGCUAUAGACGCCCUCAUAGUACUCCAGACUUCUCUUUCAAGCUGAAUAACAUCCUAAGUGAAAUAACGACCAAACACCCCAACAUGCAUGUAAUUCUAUUUGGAGACUUUAAUUUUCCUGAUAUCGAUUGGUCAAGCCGGCUUGCACCAGCGGCUACAUCAAGGGAAUCAAACGAGUUCCUUGAGUUGUGCCUCAACUUUAACUUAUUCCAAAUGCUCACAGAACCAACCCGUGUUACCGGUAACUGCCAGAAUAUUCUAGACCUUGUCUUAACAAGUAAUCCCGAGAGCGUGUCAUCUAUCGCGUAUCUUCCCGAAAUCAGCGACCAUAAAGUCAUUCACGUCGACUUCAUAAUUA